GCAUCAAUCCAGCUCACAUAUUAUUACCACAAAGACGACCCAGGAGCAAAUAUCCGCUGAGAUGCCUCUAGACGGAGUCAAGAAUAUAGUCCUGGUAAGUGAAAUGUGUCGCCAAUAUGGGAGGACGCUAUUUUCUUUUUAUAAAAAAUGGGCCCCUCGUCUUAUCGAUAACGAAAGGCUCAAAAUACUACGUUCUUGUUUGAUCCCAAAUUCGAAAGACUCGACACUCAUUCAUUCUCUACUCUCAAUAUCCAGGUCCUAUCAGGCAAAGGAGGCGUCGGCAAGUCCUCAGUCACACUACAACUCGCCCUCGCGCUCUCCCUCCGAGGAAAAUCAGUCGGAAUCCUCGACAUCGAUCUCACAGGCCCCUCCAUCCCCCGAUUAGUAGGCCAGGAAGAUGCAAAGAUCACCCAAACCCCCAGCGGCUGGUUACCGGUAGCCGUGCACCCUGAAUCCCCCUCAACGGGACGAGGCUCCCUACGCUGCAUGUCUCUGGGUUUCCUUUUGCGAGAUCGCGGCGACGCCGUCAUCUGGCGAGGACCCAAGAAAACAGCCAUGAUCAAGCAAUUCCUGACGGAUGUGUUUUGGGGCGAAACGGAUUAUCUCCUAAUUGAUACGCCUCCGGGAACGAGCGAUGAACAUAUCGCCCUCGCGGAACAGCUGUUGACGCUCUCCUCGACCGAGCCGGAUGGUGUGGUCGAUUUGCCCCGUCUCGCGGGUGCGGUUCUCGUCACGACUCCUCAGGCCAUCGCCACAUCGGACGUGCGCAAGGAGAUCAACUUCUGUGCUAAGACUCGCAUACCUCCAUUGGGCGUUAUUGAAAAUAUGUCUGGUUAUGCUUGUCCGUGUUGUGGGGAGGUGAGUAAUCUGUUCUCCAGUGGUGGGGGACAGGUGAUGGCGCAGGAAAUGGGAGUUGCUUUUCUAGGGAGUGUUCCUGUCGAUGUUAAGUUUGGGGAAUUGGUGGAGGGUCGGAAGAUUCCUGGUGAUGACAAUGGCAGUGAUAGUGAUGAAGAUAUGGAAGGGAAGGCUCCUGAAGAGGAUGCUGGCGUUGUCGAUGAGAGGCCCCUUGCUGAGAGGUACAAGGAGUGUCCAUCGUUUGAUAGAUUCGAGGGUUUUGCGAGAACAUUAAUAUCUGGGAUUGAGGGGAGAGCAGUCGCAGACUCAUAGCUGAUUGCUUUGCUUCUUAUGAUAUCCACGACUUUUCUUUCUUUGUUCGUCCUGUCUUCCUCGCUCUCAGCUUCUGUAUUUCUAUCAUAAAAGGUAAUCUAAGGUAAUCCGCAAACACACCUAACUUGGAAGAAUCCCU